UUACUCUCGCUUCUGAUUGGCUGAAUGAUGUUAUGGGAAGUUCGUGGAUGGAAGCGAGUGGCUUUUCCCGGCAGAUUUGAUGAGCGGUUCACGUGGCCUGGCGCGUAACCAUCCCACUUACUACUUACUUUUCAAAAGAGGACUGUAUUAAGAGUGAAAAACAUGUCUGACGAACCUGGACCCAGUGGUCAAUCACAGUCCCAGAGCCAGUCCCAGAGCCAGUCCCAGAGCCAGUCCCAAACACAAACCCAAUCCCAACCUGGAUCCAGCUCCUCAUCUGCCCCAACAUCGUCAAGCCAGGGCUCUUCCUCAGGAUCAGGAACUCUAAGUUCUGUGGAUACAUUACCUGUACAAGAACUCCAAUCUAUUCCUGAAGACCAGGAGGAAGCCCAGCCUCAGGUGUGGGGCCGGAUCAUUCCCCUGAUGCAAGGAUUCAGUGUGUUCAAUUGCACAGAAAACCAGUAUAGCUUUGGAAGGGAUAGAGCAUGUGAUUAUACGUUCUCCAACUCCUUUUUAAAAAAAUCAGCACAUUUCAACACAUACAGCAAGAAACACUUUAGGAUUUUUAAGGAUGAAAAUCUGGUCUACCUCGAGGACCUCAGCGGGAACGGCACGUGGGUGGAUGAUGAAAAAUUAGGACAGGGAAAGCAACGACUUCUUAGCAAUAACUCAGUUAUUGCCCUUGCAGAACAAAAACAUCAAGUUUUUAUGUUCAUAGAUAAGAUGGGGAACGAUCAACCGAACCUUCCUUUAGAGUUCAGCAAAAAAUAUCAUAUUGCGCGAAAGAUUGGAACAGGCGUCUGUGGUGAAGUGAAGCUCGCCAUUGAGAAGGAAACCUGUAAAAAAGUUGCACUGAAAACUAUAAACAAACAUGACUUCCCAUCAAUAGGGACGGCCACACGGAAUGCCGAACGGGAAAUUGAAAUUUUAAAGAAAAUUGAUCAUCCGUGCCUGAUCAAGACAGAAGAUUUCUAUCAGACAGAAGAGUCCUACUACAUUGUUUUGGAGUAUAUUGAAGGAGGAGAGCUGUUUGGCAGGAUCAAGGCCAAGAAACAGCUGGAGGAAGAAAUCGCUAAACUCUAUUUUUAUCAGAUGCUCAGGGCUGUGGAGUAUCUCCACAAUAACGGGAUCAUUCAUCGAGAUCUCAAACCUGAGAAUGUUCUGCUGGCUUCACAUGACGACAUCUGUUUGAUUAAGAUUACGGAUUUUAAUCAGUCCAAGAUUUUGGAGGAAUCCUCCCUGAUGAAGACGCUCUGUGGGACACCCACAUAUCUCGCCCCGGAGGUGUUCACACAUGCUGCGACUGUAGGAUAUACAAAAGCAGUAGAUUAUUGGAGCCUGGGGGUCCUACUGUUCAUCUGUUUGGGUGGUUAUCCUCCCUUUAACACCGAGUGCUCCACCAUGACCGUGCGUGAGCAGAUCAUUAACGGCCAUUAUCGCUUCAUCCCGUCUCAGUGGAAGAAGGUUUCAAACGAAGCCAAAGAUUUGAUCAAGAAGCUCCUGGUUGUGGAUCCUCAAAAGCGUCUGAGUGUUGAAGAUGCACUGGAACAUCCGUGGUUGAAAGAUGAUGAGAUGAGAAAAACUGCAAACCAACUAAUGAACCCUGAAAACCAACCUAUGCUCCCUGAAAACCGUCCAGCGCAUCCUGAAAACCAACCGAUGGGCCCUGAAAACCGACCAAUGCGUUCUGAAACAUCCAAGAAACGCAAGGCACAAGAGGGAGAGGGUGAACCAUCAUCCAAGAGGAAACCUGGGCCUUGAGGUUCACACACUUUUAUUUCCUGGUGGCAUUUUAAAAGCUCUUUCAUUUGACUAAUUAAUCCUAAACGUCUAACACUGUACUGCUCUUGUAAAUAUGUAUUUGUACCAUUUCCUUCCAACAAUAAAAUGCUUUUACAUUUUC